AUGAAGCGGCGGACACCAAACCAACGAGCACCUCAUGGCCGGCUAAUCGUGCGCAUCAAGUUUCCGCAGCCUACGACGCAGGCGCAGAGGGAGAUGCAGGCCGAGAGCUUCAACUCCCCGUCCGGGUCGUUCAUGUCAGUGCUUGUCCUGGAGAGGGAUUUCGAUCGUUUCAUCGAUGUGUUGCGGAUGAACGAUCUAGCAUAUUGUAGCCGUGUACUGCCGGAUGCAGGCACUUCGUCGAAAGUCCUGUCCAUGCGCAGCGUUGAGGGUCUAUCUCUGGAUAUCAAGAUCCGAGCCGGCCUCGAGGAGAGCAAGUACAAGCAUUUGCUGCGCAGAUUCACCAUACUCUCUGGGCCUUUUCACCAGCUCACGAUAGAGGGACAUGCGGAUCCUGCUUCCGCAGCGACUCUAGUGUCAAAAGUUGAGAUGCGCAUGCAAGGCCUGGGUCGUAAGCUACAGAUCAUGAAAGCGAAGAACUUCACGUACCACCAGGCGAUCAAGUAUCUUCUGAAACUCAAGUAUCAGGGAGACAUUUUCCUGCGUAUGGGGCACCAUGCCAAUGCGUACACGUGCUAUGAGUACGCUCUCAAGUUUGAGAAGUACUGGCAGGCUCACGAUCUCCAACCUGCCAAGCACACAUUUUGGCAUAUCGACAAGGACAUCUGCAAAGCCUGGAGCAUAGCCCUCGGGUGCAAUCUUGCAAUGGCCGCCGUCGCCGGUGGUCUCAAGGUCCGCAUUCCCUUGGUUCACGGCAGGUCCAUGAUGCGGAAUAUCUCGGCUCUUGUAGAUAUGCGUGCCAGGCGAGGUGGGAUAAGCAUGGAUCGAUACCUGGAAUUACUGUUCUCCAACGCAUUUUGCUUGAUCUUGCAGGAACAUGACGGGAAGCUGUUCGACAAUUGCGCCGUACUAUGCCUUCACUCCUGUCUCCAAGCUAUGAGCUCAGCGUGGGAAACAUUAUCUGAAUUCACCACACGCCAAGACAGCUCUUCUCCCACGGCAAAGCUUUACAGCUACGCGAAGAAGAUAAUGAGCAUCCCAGGAGUUGUUCGCGUGCGUCAGGCCGAGGACCACGGCAACGGACUUAACGCGGAAAUCAACGAGGAAGACCUUACGCGCGAGAUCAUGGAGCAUAUAGACGCUAUGCGGCAGAUUAUGCUAGACGCAACGUUUGAACCUAUGGUUUGGGGCAUACGUAAGGAGCUGUUCCCUAAUCCGCUGCUAUCUCAGUUACGCGUGUGGCCGGUAGCUCUCAUCAUGUCCGGUCCUGAAAUACCAGUUCGCCCCGAAGCUGAGUCGCGAAGUGGCCCCGAAGCGAACCGACCGGCCGAUUUGGACGAGAUGACUAAAGAGCUCUAUUGGCCGCCAAAACUUGCCAGGGUGGGAGAAGAGGUCUGCAUUCCCAAUUUCGAUGAUGUUAACCGCGAGGCGUUGAGCCGGGGUGCGAAGGAGGAGAGACUGUUCAUCUAA